UGAUUCACUCUCAUCUCACUGCCAAAAGCCUUUCCGCACAGGGAAAAGAUUUGGCCCCAAAAGCAAACCAUCACAAGCAAACUUUUUUCUCCCCACCAACCCGACACUCUCAUACACAAUCACCGGCGGGACUACGACGGCCGGCGCUGACGACCCACAAUCUCUUUCUUAUUCAGGUACUCUGCAUAUUCUUGUUGAUCUAUAUGCUCGAAAUAGGCUGAUUUACCUUGUACAUCGGAGAGAAGUUGAAAGCAAAGAUGGAACCUUCAACCUAUAAGUCGAAUGGAAUGUUUGCUAUAGAACUUGAAGAGGAGCUUAUGAAAUUUACAACUACUUAUGAGAUAAAUAAAGGGGAUGGGGACUUGGUCGAGCAGAUUGCAGAAGUCCAUAGGGACACUGAUGUGGAAGUUGACAUAACUGAAUGUACAAAAUCUGGUGGCGUUGACCUGGUUGAGGCUGAAUGCCUGGACACAACUGAGAGCUCAAGUUCAUUUGAUGACUGUGAUUAUGGAGUUGAAAAUGUUGAUACCUUAGCUGACUCUGAAGCUUUAUCAGAUUUUCAUGGUGAUGCUGCAUCAGCACUGGAUUUUGAUGGAUUUAGUGAAAUGUUCAGGAUGAGGAAGAAAAAGCGGACGACUCAUUGGAGGUCUUUUAUUCAGCCUCUUAUGUGGCGUUGUAAAUGGGUUGAAUUGCAAAUCAAGAAGUUCGAGGCACAAGCCCAGGAAUAUGACAGAAAACUUGAUGAAUACAGUCAGCGAAAACAGACUCAAUUAGAGAAACAUCCAUUGAAAGGUCUUGGUGUGAAAUCACUUCCUCACUACCAGAAUGAUGCUACAACUGAGGUCCUGAGGAGGAAGAAAAGAACAAGAGCUGAAGCAACAAAGGAUGUAACAGCAUAUAUGUCCAAUCAUAACCUUUUUUCUUAUUAUGAGAAUAGGAAGCAUUUUACUGAGGGUGCUUUUAUGGACAGUGAGUUGAAGAAUCCAGCAAAAGGAACUCAGAAAGUCAACACUAGUGAUGAGUUUUUGGGAGACGAUGAAAUGUUGUGCGUUGAGAAUGGAAGUGAUGAUGAUUCUUUGGAACACAUAUUUCAGAAGAUUGAAUUGUUACAAUCACAAGUUGGUAACCUGAAGAGUAGAGUUGACAAGGUAAUAAUAAGUGGAAAGGCUGAAACGUUUCCUUUGACUGAGAACUGGAGCUUGCCAUUUUUGGAUAAUGCUUUGGUCGACUCUCCCCCAAAUACGGCUACUCCUCCAAAUGAUGUGGACAGAAUGCCGGUGGGAACUUAUAUUGCAGCUCAGCUUAUAUCAGAGUUUAAUAUGGGUGACUUACUUGUGCCUGAAAGUAUACUCACAAGUCACGGAGAGGUUUUUCCUGAUGCAAAUGGAAGCAUAAAUCACAUCUCCUUGGCAGAUGCAUGCGGAAAUGGGGAUGAUGAAGUCCUGAUUGACAAUUGGAGGGUGAAUGAGGAGAUGAAUAGUUUUGAGGAAGUGAAGAUUCAGCCAACCCAAAGGCCUUUGGUGCUGAAGGAUGCAUCUGGUAGCACCAGCCCGCCAGUUCCGGCAGAGGGUGAUCUGCCCAUGGAUGAUCAACCACCUCCGAAAACACGUUCUAUUUCAAAGCUCCUCGGCCCUGCAAGCAAGACUAAGAGGGGGAGACAAAAUAGUGUUGGUCGGUAAGGAAGAACAGUAUUUACCUCUUAAGAAGAGGGAUAUAGUUCAUCUAUAAUUAAGAGGUAUGGACGAUGGAAGGAACCGAUGCUAACAGGAGAAAAGGUUGAUGGUUCAACUCAACUUGCAAAUAUUGCCUGACAAGCUGUUUCAUCAAGAAGAAUGUUGAUAUACAUUUCCUUUUCUUUUUUCAGUUUGUACAUUAUAAAUUUGGUUGAUUCUUUAGUAUAUAUGUACUUCAUGUGGGUUUUUGAGGAAUAUAUAGUCCAUUGCUUAUAAUCUUUAACAAAAUUUUGGUGAUGAUGAAGGUGACUUGUCUGAAUCCUUGCUCAAUCGCUUAUAUAAGCCAAAUAUUGUUAGGUGCAUGGGAUGCUGAUUUAUGCAAAUCAUGAACUGUAUGUUUCCACCUGAGAUUGAGUGC